GAAUAUCCCUGGAAAGUGAUUCAUUCACCCAUCCGGUGCGCAACCGUACAGUGACGAACGCGUAGUGACAUCUGCCGUUCGGUUUACAGUGCAGGAUUCCUGCAGCUCCUCUGCUCCUUCUCCUGUCGUCAUGCGAGCGUCAGGAUCCUCUUUACAAAACCGCGGGCCGUCAUGGACCGCAAGCGCAAGAGAGAACUACGUGACCUAAAUUUGCGCGUCUGGGCAGGCGCAAAGGAUGUCUACGAAGUAGCAAACUCACUCGAUUCGUCACUGAAGAAGAACACGGCGUUUAUUAAACGACUCCGAACCGGGCUAUCGUCUGCUGCACAAGACACCUUUCUGUCAGAGAUCCGCACGCUGUCCCUCCAAAAGUACCUGUCCGAGAUCACGACGGCCACAGCUGAAGGAUUGGGUAGGCUCAAGACUGCGAGUGAGAUUGCCACGGGUAUCGAGGUUGUCAGUGCCCUACACCAAAGAUUUGGACCCCAAGAGUUUACCAAGCAGCUGGCAUGGCUUUUGGGCAAGGGUUUGACAACUCCGGACAAGGCUCAGGUGAAAUUGUGGAGUCAGGAGGUCCGCGAACGUGAAGAGAAGGAGCGCCUGGUCCGACACCGAGUUCUCCUUCGCGUCGUCACUGAAUUCUGGCUGUGCGGUAUUCUUCGAAGCCUGGAUGAUGCGGAUCGACCAGACGAAGCUACGCCGCGAGGCAAAGACGCCCCGUCCCAAAUCGAGUCGAAGCUAAAGCCAACCACAAAUGGUGUUCGACCCGACGCCUACGUUGAGCAUGAUCCUUUCCCUCUGGAGGUCCUCAAGGACUUGUUAGGCCAUGACCCGGAGCACGCUAACCUCAGUCUGGCCGUUCUUUUCGUGAAGAACUUCGCCUGGGAUGUGCUGGGACUCAAGCCACCGUCUGAGGAAGGCCGAAAAACAGUCGACGCAGACGGUCACGUCGUAGAGCACGCCAAAGAUGGCGAUGCCUCCCCUGACUCCCCUGAGGAAGAUGCGGCCAUCAUUCCCCAGCCAAUCCGACAGAGAUUCAUCAACGUCUUAGAGCGAUACUUGUCUACCGUCAAAACCCACGUCAUUCGAGACCAAAGAUCUCUCAACAACCAAAGCCGCCGAAAUGCAGAGGCUUAUGUCAAAAGUGGCGAAAUCUUCGAAGACAGGCAGGCAAAUUUCGAGAAGCAGGCCAAGGCUCAAGAGAAAUUGGUGGCAAAUGCCCAAGUCCUUUGUGAUGUCCUCGGACAAGAAAUGCCAGAUCUCGAGGAGAAAGACAGCGCAGAGAUCGCUACGUCAGGGAGUGUUGGGAUGAUCAAGACAGGCGACUACCUCAAGGGCCAAGGUGAGAGCGCUGGCAUCUGGGAAGACGAAGAAGAACGUCGUUUCUAUGAGAAUUUGGUCGAUCUCAAGGGUCGAGUGCCGGCGAUUCUCCUAGAAGAUUCAAAAAAGAAGCUUGAAUCAGACGAUCGUGGUGAACCUUCCUCCACUCCGGUUGAAGGUGGGACGAACAAGCCUUUGGAGAACGAUGAACAGUCUACCGCCAUCACGAACAAGACGGUGGGUGCUCAAGUUGAUGCCAUUCUCCUACGCCUACCGGAACUGCAAACCAAGGAUAUGGUCGAUCAGGUCGCUUUGGACUUCUGCUUCCUCAACUCCAAAGCCUCCCGAAAUCGUUUGGUCAAGGCUAUCCAAGAAGUCCCCAAAGGUCGGAUCGAUCUGCUCCCUCUGUAUGCGCGACUUGCCGCCACUCUUGGGCAGUACAUGCCCGACGUCGUGCAGGGCCUGAUUUCGCAUCUGGAUGACGAGUUCCGAAGCCUGCAGAGGCGGAAAUCCAAAGAUUUUCUGGGGCAGAUCCGCAUGGCCAACAUUCGCUACCUGGCGGAACUCACCAAGUUUGGGGUCGUUCCAGAGCACGUCAUUUUCCACUGCUUCAAAGUCAGCUUAGACGACUUUUCGAGGAUGAACAUCGAGAUCAUCGCCCAUCUGCUCGAAAACUGUGGUCGAUAUCUUCUACGUAAUUCCGAGACCUCUCCUCGGAUGACGUCUUUCCUCGAGACGUUGAACCGCAAGAAGUCCGCUCAGCACAUGGGGGCUCAAGAGCGCAUGUUGAUUGAGAACGCUUUGUACUACGUCGACCCUCCCCAACGGGCCGCCAUCCAACAAAAAGAACGGACGCCGACAGAACUCUUCGUCCGACAGUUGGUAUAUGUGGAUAUGACCAAACGCAACUACAUGAAGGUUCUCAAGACCAUCCGGAAACUGCAUUGGGAAGAGAAGGAAGUUGUCCAGAUGCUAGAGAAGAUUUUCAGCAAGCCGGGAAAAGUCAAGUUCAGCAACAUCCAUCUCCUGGCAGUUCUCCUGCAGGCACUUUUCCGGUAUCAUCAAGACUUUGCUAUUGGUAUCAUAGACAACGUCCUGGAACAAAUCACUCUGGGUCUGGAGCAGAACGACUUCAAGUUCAAUCAGCGAAGGGUGGCUGAGGUCAAAUAUCUGGGAGAGCUCUACAACUACAAGAUGAUCGACUCGACCGUGGUGUUCGACACGCUGUAUCGGAUCGUGACAUUUGGUCAUGAAGGCGGAACACCCCAGCCUGGCAACUUCACACCGUUUGAUCCCCCUGACGAGUUCUUCCGCAUCCGCUUGAUAAGCACCCUUCUCGACACUUGUGGAAUAUGUUUCGACAGAGGUAGCUCCCGCAAAAAGCUCGACUUCUUCCUGACUUUCUUCCAAUAUUACAUGGCCACAAAGGAUCCCCUGCCGAUGGAGAUUGAGUUUCUGGUGCAGGACACCUACUCUCUUGUCCGUCCUAACUGGAAGUUAGUUACCGAGCUUGGAGAAGCGGCCAAUCUAUUUGCUGAAGCUGUAAGCGCGAAUUACAGACAGCAGGGGGCGGAGAAAAGUUUGGAGCAGCCGGAUGAUGUCGAAGACUCCGGCUCCGAAGAUGCACUUGGCGAAGGUGACGCUGAACUUGAGGCUGAAAUUGCGCGAUCGUCGGAUGAAGACGGCGAGGGUGUUGCAGAAGAGGAUACUGGUGAAGAGAAAGAGGACGAUGAAUCAGACGAAGAAGAACAGAUUGUCGUCCUGCGUCAAGAGGAACACCUGGAUCCAGAGGCCGAAGCCGAGUUUGACCGCGCGUUCGAGAAGAUGAUGGCUGAAAGCUUGGACUCCCGCAAAUUCGAGCGCAAGACUCACUUCGACGUACCUUUACCCAUUCGUAAGAUUCAACGAGCGCCAGUCGAGCCGAAUGAGGAUGAGCCCAGUCCUGCUCCCCAAGCUGAACCUAACACCAUGGCGUUUUCGUUGAUGACAAAGAAGGGGAAUCGACAACAAACAAAGACAAUUGAACUACCCUCGGACUCGAGCUUUGCCGUCUCAAUGAAGUCGCAACAGGCCGCCGAAAGGGAGGAACAACAGCGCAUCAAGAACCUGGUCCUGAAUUAUGAUCUGCGCGAAGAUGACCAACACGAUGGUAUUCCCAAUGGAUUUCCUUGUGGCCCUAUAGUCCAACCUCCCUUGGGGAAGAACCGCAAUACUAAAGGCCUCAAAUUAGGACCCGAUCACUACAAUCCUUCCCUCAGCCGUGCUGAGAGAUCGGGACGCCAUGCGCCCCGAGCGAGAAGACUCAAUUUGAGCGACGUUGACUGGUACGGCACCAAGAAAUCACGUCCCACAUCGGUAACGUGCGAGAAAGAGGCGCCGAACAGCUCUCAAUCACCGCACAAGCACUCCCCCAUUGCCUCAAAGAAGCCAGGCUGAUUGGCCGCUUGGCCUCAAUAGGACAUGAAACUCUCCGCUUAGCUCAUCACUCAGCAGCCGACUCUGGUCCGCAUACUCUGUGAACCUGUUGCGCCACUCCACUCCGGCGGUGGUUGCAGCAAAGCCAUUCCUCGCCAGGUGGUUACAAGGUCGCAGCACAUGCGCCGACCAUGAAGAGUCCAGGCACUCCGCGGCCUCGAAGCAAAGAUGGACAAGCGAGACCUGCCAUGAAAACAGCAUCUGACCAAGACCCCGACCGCCGCCCUCCUGUUUUGGCCGCUAGUGGGUCGGAAGAAAGCACGGAGAGUCAACCCGCAACAAAGACUUGGCUCCAACCUGCACCAACCUUGUCAGGAGACGACCGGUCACUAUCCACAAUACCAGCCUUAUUCGCAAGUAACCGUGAGACGUUUGUCCAGUUCCAAGGUGAACAAUGGUCUCGGACCCUCGAAGGAAAUGUCGAUUUCGGAGGACCGUAUGUGGUUACUGGUACUCACUUGGCCUCCGAACUCAGUGGGCCAUCGUUCAACGUCCCACUCAAGACCUUUUGUGGUCAGGAGAAUGCGCCCGAGAAUAGGGAGGAUUCCUACGUUCUCUGCAAAAUAACCGGGUUCGAGGUGGAUGCGAUUGCGGCCAUCAGCUAGAACAAAUGACAAACUCUGUUCUGACAAUAGAUAAAUGCGGCCCCUCAAAAGUGCCGGUUGGUUCUCCGCCAUGAAAAGAUGGUGGACUUGCGAAAAGCCUUGGUCUACCCGACCUCCGAGACCUCCUAGUACGACGACGUCCAUAAUGGGCUGUAUCUCUUCGCCGCGAUCCGAUGCGUCAUGCCCA